AUGAGCGCCUGGAUGAACGACGCUAUCCCCAACCACAAUGGAAGCGGCUUUCCACACAUGAACGACCCCAACGCCGCCACGGGCAUGAUGGAUCCCUCCGCCUUCAUGGCUAAUCCGGCCCAAUUCAAUCCUGCCCAGUUCGCCAACCAGCCGCAGCAGCAGCAACAACAGCUACAGCCUCAACAGCCUCAGCAGCAGCCCUCCCAGCAGCAGAUGGCCGCCAUGCAGCAAAACGGCCCCAUGCGCCACGCAUCUCCUUCUGCUUUCCAGCAAAAUCCCGCCUAUCAAACAAACUCAGUCAUUCCUUCCAAGCGUCCUAGACCACGCGAAGACAGUGUGACUGGCUCCCCUGGACAGAUGCAGGGCAUGCUACCGCCGUCGCGCUCCGAGACGCCCCAGCAGCAAAACUUCUCCGGCAUGCCGCAGGCUGGCGCUAUGCCUCAGCAGACGCCAGGUCAAUUUCCUCAUCUGCAGGCGAAUGGCUCCGCCAAUGCGACACCCUCUCCUAUCAUGGGCAAUCAAAUGCGCCCGGGAAGCGUCCCUCAGAGAGUUGCUACCGCCUCCCCCCACCCCUUCUCUCCCGGUCCUCAACAGCAACAACAAUUCGCAUCGCAAGCAUCUCCCGCGCCAUCCGAACACGGUACGCCGCAGCCGAACCAGUUUAUGCAGAAUGCUCCCCAGGGCUUCAAUCCCGCUUUCGCUCCAUCGCCAUCGAAUCCUCGCCCCUCACCCAAUCCCAACGCCAUGGGCGCGAAUCAGAUGAUGCAGCAACAUAUGGCUCAAAUGCCUCAGGGCAUGAAUCAAAUGCAGGCCAACAUGUAUGCGCAGAUGCAGCAGCAAGGACAGGGUCAGGGACAACAUGCUCAACAACGGCAGGGUGCCCAAGGUAUGCAAGGCAUGACCGAGCAGCAGAAGAUGGCUGCCUAUCAAAUGCGCCUUCAGCAGCAGCUCCAGGGCAACAUGCAGAUGCAAGCCCAGAUGCAGGCUCAGGGCAUGGGUCGUGGUAUGAUGCAGAAGCCUCAGUUGGGCGUCAUGCCAAACGGCCAGAUGCCUCAGGGUGGCAUGCGACCUCAGCAGCGGCCAAUGGCCGGCACGCCUGAACAAUUCAUGAAGAACCUUGCUCAUUUCAUGGCCUCCAAAGGCCUUCCUUUCGAUCCCAACCCCGCAGUUGCCGACCGUCCAGUGAACAUUAUGCUGCUAUUCCAAGCCGUGACUAGCAAAGGUGGCUUUAAGAUGGUCACUGGGACCAACGGUUGGCCUCACAUUGCGGGGGCUCUCGGCCUUCCUGCUCAAAUUCCUACCGUUCCCGCGGCUUUGAAGCAAGUGUACGAACGAAAUCUUUCGAAAUUCGAAGAGGCCUGGAUUGCACAGCAAAAAACAAGAGGAAUGGGUCAAACUUCCAACAUGCCUAACCAGGGCACCCCUCAGAAGCAAAUGCAACCCGGUCAACAAACACCACAAGGGCAAAUGACACCCGGACAAAUGCCUCAGAGCCAGAUUCCCCAGGGGCAGAUGACGCCCGGCCAAAUGACUGCUGGGCAGCCUCAAGUACAACAGCAAUUGCCGCCGCAGCACCCUCAGCAACAGCACCUGCAGCAACAGCAACAGCACCAUCUCCAGCAACAACAGAUGCAGCAGCACAUGCAGCAGCAAAUGCAGCACCAGCAGCAUCAGCAUCAGCACCAGCAGCAACAACAACAACACCAACAUCAACACCAGCAACAGCAGCAAACUCCGGUUAAGCCUGGUCAAGCGCCGGUAAAUGGAUUUGCGACCCCCCAACCACAGCAACCCGGCAUCAUGAUGGGCCACCAACGGAACAGCCUUUCCAAGAGCGUUGAUCCUAAUACACCUGCUGACCCUUCUUUGCAAUCACCCGCUCACCACCGUCAAGGAAGCAUGCAUGUCGCUCAUCAAGAGAGUCGUCCCGCGGCGCCUGCCACUGAAGUUCGUGCCCCGCCUAUGAUGCAAAAGUCUGAUGAUUACAGCCCCUGUGUCCGUGAGUUGGCCACUUUCGGUGGUGUUGAUCUGCAUGCCGCCAAUAUCUUGGGCUCGGAGCUGGAGCGCUGGAUGCCGACUGCACCUACAAUUAACGAGCUUGGAAACAUCGAUAUCGCCGCCCUUACUCGUAGCUUGCAAUGCGGCAUGCACAGCGAGGUGCGCCUCGCUUUGGACACAUUGGCAACAUUGUCCAACUCGCCCAACCAAGCACACUUGUUGCACCUUCGUUAUUGCGACGACUUAGUGGAUGCGCUCAUUGAUUGCGCCGAGGAGCAAGUCGACCUGCUUGUCGAACACACUGUGGAAGUUGCCGACGAGAUCUCUUUGACGUCAUACGAAGAUGUAGUCCGUGCCUGUCGCAUAGACAGGCUUGCUGUGCGAGAUUGUCCAGCCUACGGUACUGUGGAGUAUGACCUUGACCGCGCCGUCGACAAGCUCAUUUGUGUCACUACAAUACUUCGCAACGCGUCAUUUCCAGGCGAGCAAGUUGAGAACCACCUUGUGCUUGCGGAUGAGAUGGUCAUCAAAUUCCUCUGCUCGGUCAUCCGUUAUCUCGGAACCCGAACCAUGUUGCUGCGAUCUCAUACCAACACGCUGGAUUUUAUGAAAGAUGUCGUAAUUCUCUUGUCCAACAUUGCCACAUCUAUCGAAUUGCCCAGUCGUGAAGAGGCGAUCUGCCUGCUCAAUUUCUUACUCGCAUUUGCACCCUCACCGGCCCCGACCACCGUUGCUGGUUCGCUCUUCUUUGCCCCUUAUGAGCCAAGCGUUCAACCUUACCUGCCACAUGCCGUCGACUCCCUCGCUAAGUUGCUUGCACGUGACGAACCGAAUCGAGGGUUUUACAAGGCUAUUUUUGGUCUCGACUCUGGAAAUAACUCGAGCCACGACAUUCUGACUCGAACUUUUGCGCUGGCUAUCUCACCACUGCCGAAUAAGUCGACAGAAAGUGCGCGACAGCCCAACUAUCCGUCCCUCAUUGAUGUACGCAAGCCCUUUCUCAUGCAAGGACUUUUGGCGGCCGAGAUCUUGGCUUCCCUUGCUCCUGGGUUCGAGAGCGGUAUUGCCAAGUCAUGGCUCUUGUCUGGUGAGGGUCUGGCGCAGAAUCUGACGCUUCUUGUGCGCGAGUUGGGCCAUGUAUUCGAACGUCCGCCGCCGCGUGGCCCGAGGGGCAAGGACAAUGAGCUCUUGUACAUUGUUGUUGUUGCCGUAUCAUUAUUGAGACGGCUAGCGGAGAAGGCUCGGGACCCCAACCAGCCGAGCCUGUCGCUGCCGAAGAGCGUUUUGCCUUCGGCGCGGGUGCUCAUGGAGGCACUAUCAUAUACGUCGGCAGAAUGGACGAGGGACGGCAUGCUGCAGCAGUUAUGGUCCAUUGUCAACAUGGCCCGCUGCAAUAGCAAGAAGAGAGCCUUUGCCGCUUGA